CUGGAAAAGAGAGUCAACAAAUGUGAGUCUUUGACAACAAUUCCUUCAGCAACAGUACUCAACAAAUAAAAACACCUAUCACUUAUAACCCUCCCUUAUAUAUAUAUGCACAUGCAUGCAUGCAUGCAUGUGUGAGAGGUCGUUAAGUAUCUGAAUCACCUAUACUGAUACACACACACAGCUUACAUGGAAAAACUCCCACCAGGCCCCAUUGGCUUCCCUCUCAUUGGUAACCUUUUCGAUGUUGGUCCCAAACCCUACGAGUCUUUAGCAAAGCUGGCCAAGAAGCAUGGCCCUCUCAUGACUAUCCGGUUAGGCUGCGUAACUAGCGUCGUGGCUUCUUCACCGGAGAUGGCUAGAGAGAUCCUGCAGAAGAACGAUGAGGCCUGCUCUGGUCGGACCAUCCCCGACGCUGUCACAGUACUUGAACAUUACGAUCUUGCAGUAUUGUGGAUGUCUGCAGGAGAAGAAUGGCGACUCAUCCGUAAAGCAUUGAACAUAUACUUGACCCACCCUCAAAAGCUAGAGUCACUGCAAGGCCUUCGACACAUAGUUGUAAAAGAGAUGCUUCAAUAUGUUAAUCAGGCUAGCCAAAAAGGAGAAGCUGUGGAAAUCCGCAAGUUAGCCUUCACUACAGCUAAAAAUCAAAUGUCUAACACAUGCAUAUCGGAGAACGUAGCCGAGUUUGGGUCCCUAGAUGUACUAGGGUUUCAAAAUGCAGUGAAGACUGUCAUGGAUGUUGCUGGCAAGUUCAACAUCGCCGACAUUUUCCCAUGGCUUAAACCUUUUGACCUUCAAGGCAUAAGGAGCAAAUCCAAGGCUGCUUAUGGUUGGCUCGAUACAGUUUCACAAAAUUUCAUAGAUCAGCGUCUACAACACAGGAAGUCUUACCUGCCACGACAUGGUGAUCUCCUAGAUUCAAUCCUUGACUUCAGUCAAGCAAAUGAAUCUGAGUUCAACUGCUCACAUAUCAAAAUCCUACUAGUGGUAUGCUCUCUCUCUCUCUCUCUCUCUCACACACACACACGUGCAGGCACUCUUGCACACACACAAGCAUACAUCAAGAUACAAUGUACACACUAUCUUUGA